AUGGCUUCAUCUUUAAAACGACCUCGGACUUUGUUCAUAGUCUUGUUAAUGGCUAUAAGUAUUCAGUUAAUAAAAUCAGAACAAUUCACCAAUCUAAAGCAACGGGAUCUGAAUGAUAAGUUAAAGUCUUUGCUUAAUUUAUUCGGUGAUGACUUCGAUGACGACGACAAUGGCUACGCUCGCGAUGACAACGAUAAUGAAAACCCCUAUGAAUACAGCUCUACGGACGGUGAUGACGUGUCCAGGUCAGAGACGGUACCGCCUUCGUCAACGCAUGACAUUUAUGAUGACGAAGUUGACACGAGCGACAGCGAUGAUUAUGGAUAUGGCAAAGACAACGACAAAGAUUCCUAUGAAUAUGGCUCUACGGACGAUGAAGAUGUGUCCAGGUCAGAGACGGUACCGCCUUCGUCAAGGUAUGACAUUUAUGAUGACGAAGUUGACACGAGCGACAGCGAUGAUGAUGGAUAUGGCGAAGACAACGACAAAGAUUCCUAUGAAUAUGGCUCUACGGACGAUGAAGAUGUGUCCAGGUCAGAGACGGUACCGCCUUCGUCAACGUAUGACGUUUAUGAUGACGAAGUUGACACGAGCGACAAUGAAGAUUCCUAUGAAUACGACAACGACAAUGGUUACGACAACGACAAUGGUUACGACAACGACAAUGGUUACGACAACGACAAUGGUUACGACAACGACAAUGAAGAUUCCUAUGAGUACGGCUCUACGGACGAUGAAGAUGCGUCCAGGUCAGAGACGGUACCGCCAGGGUAUGGCAUGAUCUCCGAUAGUACGACUUCACCAACUGACAGGACGUUAGAAAGAAAGUAUUUCGCAAACAAUAAUAUGCAAGAAGGAAAUGAAGGGGGAAAAGAAAGAGAAGGACAAGUGCCAGAACAACUUCAACAAGACUGGCAAGAACAACAGCAAAAGCAAGGGGAAUAUCAAAGAAAAUACACAACUAUUUUGUCGUCACUGGAUCUGAUGUGUGAUUAUUUUGAUCAAGACCCAGAACUCAAGCAAGGGUCACAAUGUGGAGUUCGUUUGUUGGAAAUGAUUUCUGUGACCUUCAGCGACCUGGAAAGAGAAAUACCAUCCUUAGACAGUGGUCUUCCAGCCGCCGUGGUACCGUGA